AUGGGCAGGCAGUGGUGUGUGCUGGCCUGUACAGUCAGUGACACAACAGUGCGCUGUUGGGAACCCUCCUCAGGAGAGACAUAUACUCUGAGUGCUCAGCUACCUGACGUUACAGCACAGACCAUCACUUGUUUGGCUUACAGCUCCAACAAAGGUGUGCUGUGUGGCUGCACCACUGUUGGUAACGUUGUGUUCUGGCGACACACUGCGGCCGGCUGGGAUCCUCUCCCUCCUGCCAAGGUGCAGGGGGUAGCUAAAACCUGCACUUGGGGUGGGUCUAUGCUCGCUGUUAACUCCUCCUCUGCCACCUACAUCAUGAAAGAACACAACCUCUGUGCCGCAUACUACCGUGGGAUGUCAGCUGUGCAAGUGUCGGCGUCUCAGCUGAUUGUGCAGUCGGCAGGCGAAACUGCUGAGCUCAACACUGACCUGCAGGUGUUCGGAGUAUGCCUCAGUAGGGAACAUGCGGCUGUGUGGAGCAAUAGGACAAUGGCUGUCUAUACAGUAGCACCCCUAUCCACUAUCAACGCCAUAGGAUCGUUUGGCUGCCAGGUAGAUAGUGCAGUGCUGUAUGAGCAGAGUCUGGUGGUGGCCAGCACAUCCAAGCUGCAAAUACACACACUGCAGGGUACCGUCAAGCAGACCCUGGACUGUGACGGUCAAGCCAUCUCUCUCUCGCUGACUGGCCACUUCCUUACUGUGGCAACCAUCAACGGCAUACUCCACAUGUGGGACCUGUCACGCAGAGAAGCGAAGAUUCACGGGAAAGCCAAAGACCUAGUGGACUCUAUUUCAGACUUUGCUGAGGUGAUGUGUGCUCGCACUAAUGCUACUGGAACCAGGGUAGCUCUUAGUGUAGCUGGGGCCAAUCUGUUGCCUCUACCGAAGAUCUACGUUUGGGACAUGGAGACAGACAGCAUGCUGUGUCAUAGCUUCAGCGCACAGGAGAGCGAAGUGUCGAGGUUUGUGGUGAACCUGUACUGGGACUGUGAGGAGCCCAGACUGUUGGUGUGUGAGACACGACGCCCGACCACGCAGGCUCACUCUGCCUCCGUACUGCGUAAAGUCAUUAACCAGCAUCCUUCCAGUAUAUUAGUAAGCCUGAUCACGUCCAGUGAACAUGGACUCUUGAUACAAGAUACAAGAUCAAUGAGCCAGGAGUUUGUCUCGCUGGUGGCUGUGGACACUCCGAACUACAUUGUUCUGAGCAAACCUUCCAAUCAGCAGAACAUAUCAGUUGAAAAGAUCUUGAUGCGAGAUUUUGAGGGCUUGGAAAACUGUGAUGCUGCUACCAGAAGUGCAGUUAUAAAGUUCAGUUUUAGUCUCAUCAUUGGAGACAUCGAUCAUGCAUUCAAAGCCAUUCACAAUAUUCACAGUGUGGCAGUGUGGAGUAGCCUGGCACGUAUGUGCGUGAAGGCGCAGCGACUGGAUGUGGCCCGCAUCUGUCUAGGCAAUAUGAAGGACACGAGAGGUGUGGCAGCACUACGCCAGGCUGAACAACUUCCCGAGCCUGAGGCCAGAGUGGCGGCUCUGGCAGUGCACCUUGGAAUGCUGGAGGAGGCAGAGAAGCUGUACGCUGUGUGUGGGAGGUGGGAUCUACUCAACAGACUGCUGCAGGCUCAGGGCAAGUGGAGAGACGCUGUCAAGCUGGCAGAGGAGAAGGACAGGAUCCAUGUCCGUCACACCUGCCAUUGGUAUGGCAAGCACCUGGAGAGCCAAGGGGACCUGGAACGUGCGGCUGAGAUGUACAAACGAGCUGACACUCAUCGUCACCAAGUGCCUUGUAUGUUACUGCACGACUACACAGCAUUGGAACGUUACAUUACCGCUUCUGGUGACCCAGCUCUGAUACGAUGGUGGGCUCAGUACAUGGAGAGCACCGGAGACAUGGAGUCAGCCAUGAGACACUACACAGAUGCUGGUGACAAUUUGUCUAUGGUGCGAGUCAUGUGUUUCCUUGAGGAUUACGACCGGGCAGCAGAUAUUGCUAACAGUUCAGGGGACCGAGCCGCUUGCUACCAUCUUGCCAGACAAUAUGAGAACAUGGGCCGCAUCCCGGAGGCCAUCCACUUCUUUACUCGGGCCACAGCUUAUGCCAAUGCCAUCCGAAUAUGUAAGGAGCAAAGUCUGGAGGAGCAAACUAUGGUCACUAGCGCUGUCGGCUGGACCCCAGGACCAGUUGGAGGCUGCCCGGCAUUUAGCCGGCACUGCGCCAGACCGUGCCGUGUUGCUGUACCACCGUGCCGGCCUCCUACAUCGGGCACUUGA